GGCACUUAAGCCGUACGACACAUGAUACAUUUCGCGGAUGUGCAUAUGUAAGUAAGUGCAGUACUCUUUAGCAGCCGAGUUCACGCCGCUCGAGACAUGUACUGCGGCAAGGCAAUCACCACAUUUCAAUAUUGAAGAUGUAUCCCUCCAUGACCCUUUGUCGCCCGUCGCCAAAGCCCAUUCCUAAAUGGCUUGCAUCCGGGAUAUGUACACGAAAGGCCAUCGAUAUUGUAUGUAGAUUACUUGGUCUUUGACUGCCGAUGGCUGAGCGACUGCGCGUUAUAGUAAUACGCCCUAGACGUUCAGGAGCCCCAUGGCCUUUGCAAUCCAUUGAUCUUAGUUCUUGGAGGUUGGGGAUACCCAGCCUCUGGCAAAAGUAGGCAAAGUUUUCAACCCAAGAGCGCGACCCCUUGUUAAUCCUAGAAAAUGGAGCGCUCUAAAGAGCUCAGCUUUAGUGUAAGGAAUAGCGGAGAUGUUGCUCAGCCUGUUGGGAGCUCGCCGGGCUUCGUGGGUGAUUUGCAGCUUCUAUCUGGCGAAGAGUUGGAGGCAAGGCUGCAGAUCCAUGAGCGCAUUGGUGGUGGAUCUAGCGCUCGUGUUUACCGGGGCACCUUGGACAGCAGCGUCCCUGUGGCCAUCAAGGUCUUGCACCCGCAUGCAGCUCAGCGCGAGUCGACCUUGCAGGAGUUCUGGCGGGAGGCGCAGAUCCUGGCCCGGUUGCAGCACAAGCACAUCGUGCGGUUGCAUGCGCUGGCGCACUUGCCGCCCAAUUUUGGCGGUUUGCCCACUCGACGGUAUACCUGGGGCAUCGUUACGGAGUACAUGGAGGCCGGUACCGUUACUAAGCUGGUCCAGGACGCCGCCAAAGCCUACAAGCUGCAGCAGCGCUUCAGGCAGCAGCUGGCGGCGGCGGCGGCGGCGGCGGCUGCAGGCGGCAUCUCGGCGGCGCAACCGGAGCGCUCUGGGUCGCUCAGAAACCUCAAAAACAGCCUGUCCUUCCUGCGCCGCCGCUCCCUGACUGCCGAGGGAGCAGCAGUCGCGCCGCCAUCGCCCAUGAAGCGUGCCGCUGCUGCUCUGCAGCAAGCCGUCUCGCCGUCAGGCGGCGGCGGCGGUGUUGCUGCCGCCGCCACCGCCGUCGCUGUCACCGCCGCUAACCAGCCGGGUGUGUCCAGCCGGGUGCCGUCAGUGAUGCAUGAGGCGCCGCCGCCGCUGCCGUACAGCGACCGGGAGGCGCUGCAGUGGUGCAUGGAGCUGGCGCUGGCGUUACAGUUCCUGCAUGCCCAGACGCCGCCCGUCGUGCAUCGCGACGUCAAGACGGAUAAUGUGCUGAUGGCGGUGGCGGCGGCGGAAUACUGGGUAUUCCCAGCUCACAUGGCAGUCUGGCACGGCGGGUGUUGUCCAUGAGGGCGGUGGCGGCGGCGCUGGGAGGAGGGGAGAGCGGGCAGGCGGGGUCACGUGCGGGGUCGGUGACGGCUGUGAGCUCCCGACCGGGAGGCGGGCGGCCGUUGACGGCGAAGCUGUGCGACUUUGGGUUGCAUGUGGUCCUGGACUUGAGUCGCCCCGUGGUUACCGUCCGCCGCAGCAGCUACGACCGUACCUCCUCCACCGACGUCCUGCCCCAGGGCAACGGCCACGCCGCAUCCCACCUGCCGUACUCCAACUCCCUUACACGUCCCUCGGCGCGCAACUCUCCCGCCGGAGGCGGAUCCGGAACCGGAUCCGCGUUGGGUGCCGUACUCGCGGGUGCGGGUUCCGGCGCUAGCGCCAUGGGAGCAGCUGGCAUGAUGGUGGGGGGGCCUGGCAGUCGGUACGAUUCUCGGUCGAGGCGGAGCAGCACUGUGUCGAAUCGGGGUCUGGAGGAAGCGGUGUUCAUCCGGCGCAAUGCCUCCCGGGAGGGCGACUCCUUCUCCUCUCGUCCUCAGCCGGGACUCAACCACAACAAGUCCUCAGCCCUAUCCCACUGUGAUUCCCUGGACCCUUCCGGACCGCAAGCAGCCGC